AUGUCGCUCACGCGGUCCACGCCGCGUGUUGCCGCACUCAGGGGGCCUGCCUACUCUUUGCCGCCUCCUGAGGACCCGGAUUCCCAGCCACCCAGGAGCAAGCGGCUCUGUCUUGAGGAGCUUGGUGGUGUCUCUGAGGCGGGGUGGCGGCUGCCUUUGGUGCCCCGCUUGUCUGAGGUGGAGAAAGCCUGGGAGUUGCCGCCCAGACCCUUCGAGGCGUUCCUUGUUUCACCAAAGGCGAUUUUUGAUAACUCCACAGAUUCGCGUGUGGAGAAAUCAGUCAGUAGAGAGCAGAUAUGUACUUUAGGAUGCCAGAAUUCCAGAUUCCAAGUGAAUAGGGGUUUGCAGUCUCUCCCCUCACAAAAUUUAGGUUCUGAAUCCAGGGCCUCAGGAAGAGCUUCUGAAGCAGAAUUUCGUGACAGAGAGGCUUUCGGCGCGCGCUGCCGUGAUGAAGCCAGAGCAAAAGUUAGUCAGCUUCCGCCCGACACCUCCACACGCGGUAUACAAAGAGUUAAACACGAUGGACAACAACAUUUAGUCCGAGGAAGAGACAAUAUUCAGAAAGACAAUAGUUACAUAAGACAUACAGAAAAUCCAUUUUUAGAUGUUACCUUUUACAAGGAAACUAAAUCAACAUUUCACGAACUUAAGAACAGAUGUAAAGCUGACAGUGUUAUGCCAUUAAAUGAAAAAGAAAAUAACAUUUCAUCAUCUAUACUAAAAAUACCAAAAUCUCAAAACCAGCCCAGCUUCGAAAUUGCCAAACCCAGCUAUUUUAGAGAGAGCAGCACAAUAAGUGUCCCUGAGUUUCCAACGGAUUUAAAUAGCAAAAUGUCCUCUGUCUAUUUAAAGGAAAUAGCAAAGAAAAGGAAUGACAAAAACGAGGCAUAUGUUAGGGAUUUCGCAAACAUUUACUGUUCCCAAAAUAGACCUGAUGUUAAGAAGCAAAAGUUACAGGAUGAUAAAAAAAUUGUACAUACAGAAAAUAUCUUUUCUGAAUGUUAUGAAAGUAACCACCCAUCACUCAGAAGCCAAAAUACUUGUGUGAAAGAAAAAGACUUGAUCAAUUCAAAAUACUAUAACUCUAGUAGUAUCAAGUGUGAUGUAAGAGACCUUAAAAAGAAUUUCAUUAUAAUACUAGAAAAUGCAAAUUGGGAGGAAGCAGAAACAUGCCUGGACAGUUACAUACCUACCAGCUUGGAAAAAUCUCAAACCUGGGAUUGUAACAUUAGACAUAUUUUGAGACAAAAUAGAGAAAAUUGUUGGAUUACAAAUAAUUAUAAGACUAAAUGUGAAAAUAUGAAAAAAACUGGGGCUAAAUUGAAUUGGCUACCAUUGUUAGAAAUAGACCUUUCAAGCAAGGAAGAUUACCACUGUACAAAAGUCGUGAAUGCACGUGAAGGAAAAUCAAAACCUCUCAUGAUGGAAAUGUUGGGUUGUCAAAAAGCUUUAAUAAAAAUUAUUUGGUUAAAUGAUAAAGAUAAUAGUAUUUUAACUUGGUAUAAAAUUUUGAAAUGCAAAAAGCAAAUUAGUGUUCAAAGUCUAAUAACCAGAAAUAUGAAUAUCAAUAUAAAGAAUGACAUUUUAAGCAUAUAUUUACAAAACAGUGUUUCAGAACCUUUAAAUACCGUAUUGAAAACCAACAUAGCUUUUUUGCUCAGUAACUUUGACUUUUUAACAAGAAUUGAAAAUGAUUUUCGAUUAGAAGAGGAAUGCAUUUUCAAACAGAUAGUGUAUUUAAAUUAUCCAAAAAGUAUUAUGGUGGAAAAUCAUACUACAUAUCUAGUAAAGAUUUUAAAUUCUUCAAGACUAUUAGAAGAUAACGUAAAACCUACGCUAAAGAAAAGAAAGCUGUUUAACACUGAACAAAUUUUCAAAGGAUCUAAGGAAAAAAACAUCAAUUCCUUUAGUAUGACAACUAAAAAUAUAUGUUCUCCAAUUUUUGAAACAUAUGAAAAAAUUCCUCUUUUAAUGGCCUUUGAUGACAUGCAAGAAAUUUCUUUGAUAAAAGAAAUUACUUAUAAUAAUAUGAAUUGCUCUGAGCAACUCAAGAAUGUGAAAAAUUGGGCUCACUGUAGUUCUAAUACCAUUAAAAGACAUGUUAAGUCUGGUCCUCAUAUUAUGUGGAACAACCAUGGAUAUUUUAAUGAAAAAAAUUGUGAAGUAAAUAUGCACAACCAAGAUUUGGAUACUGAAAGAAAUCAGGAACAUAGUAAGAUUGGUAGCUUUAAUUCUAAGUGCAUAUUUGAAGAUUUCUGCAAUGUUAGACAACAGGUCAUACCAGCAAGCCAUGACAUAAUACAUAGCGAACAGACCAAUACAAUGACAAUAACUCAAAAACUAAAUUUUGGGAACUUGCUAAGUGAAAUAGAGGGAAAAAAAUAUGACUUAAUUUUGAAGGAGGAAGUAAAAGUCACAGCACAAAGUUUAGCAAAUAGUUGCGUGGUUCCCAAAGAUAUUAAAGUAGAAAAGGAAGAGAAAGAUAGCCUUUUUCAGACAGAUAGCAUGUUUUCUGUACAGUCAGUUUCAUUAAUGAGUAAGAAAAUAAACGUGGAAGAAACUAAAUAUGCUACUCAAAAUUACAUAGCUGAUGGAAAUGAAUACGAGAGUAUUUCGCAAGAAAGUGAGUUAGCUAAUUUAAAGCAUUGUCAUCUGAAGAAUGACUCUACAGUAUAUGAUAGUCACCAAUUUGAAACUGGAUUGAGUGAAGGGAACAAGGAAUGUUUUCAGGACUUAACUGCUAAAUGUUUACCAACAGAAGCUCUGACAAUAGGAGAAGAUUUUGAGAUGAAGAGUAAAUUUGAUUUAGUACUUAAAGAACUUCACAUGUUUCAUGAAAUUAGUAAGGAAAAUGAAACUCUAGGCACCAUGGAAACAAACAAUGGGCAAGAAAAUUACUUUGGAGAAAAAAAUGAUGCUGAGGGGAUAAAAAUAGAGACAGAAAAAGAUUUGAAAACAGUUGCAGUCAACAAAAUACAUACAUCUUCCUCACUCUGUGAUACUACAGCAGGUCCUAACAUGCAUGAAAGAUACCAAAGUUUAUUUAAAUGGAAAACAGUUCCCAAUAAUGGAGAACAGGAAGUUCCUCAUGAGUAUUGCUGUCCAAGAACAUCAGAGGAAAAAUUAGUUUAUUCUACUCCUGGGGAAGGUAGGUAA